AUGAAUGCAUGGACUUUCCAGGCAGGCAGCGCCCGUGAGCAGCUCCGGGCUUGCGAGCCCCUACUCGAACGAAUGGCGGCACUGAUGCAAGUCCAGCCUUCCCUCGCCGCCAGGAGAAACAACAACAAGGAGCUAGCGGAGGCCAAGAAGAGCGUCGCCGGCGAAGGCGAAACGGAUGGCGAGGGGGACAGGGGGCAACAAGAAAGCGGCAGGGAUGAAGGUUGCUGCGAGGGGAAGGGGGAGAAGGCGCGAGUCCUUGAGGGAGUCUUGGCCGCGCUGCCAACCUUUUCGAAGAGGUACGGGCUGGGCCGAGCGGGGAUGUACGCCUCUUACGUGAACGACGAGCUGGGCAGCGCGUUCCGUCACAGCGAGAGGCCCAACUGCCAGAUGUCUCUCUUCAUGUUCAGCAGCCAGAGCGCCUCCGGCGGCGGCGGCGGGGGCGGCGGUGGUGUCGUCGCGUACUCCGUCCUGUGGCCGCUGCGGCGCCUGCGAGCGUCUGAGGAGGCCACCCUGGACCUAUUGCGGUCGACGGCCUGGGCGGGGGCAACGAGCGUCGCGGCUCGCGGGGCCUUCGUCCGCGGGCUUCGUCUUCCGUGCUCCCUGGACCGACACGAGUUUCCGGCAGGGACCAACACCCACCACCACAUCGACCACGAGUCCCUGAGCCUGCCCCAAGACCGCCUCGCCAAGCGGCAGCGCCGCAUGGACUCCUCGGCGAACGAGUACCGUGCCCGGCUUGCCGCCACUGCUACCGCCGCCACCACCGCCACCGGCACAGUAACGCCGGCGGCGCCCGUCGCCGUACAAACUCCCGUCCCCCCACCUCCCCCAUCGUCAGGCGUGGGCGCUGCUGCACUUUCUCCGGCUGCCGGUAGCAGAGGGGACGGGCGGGGCGGGGUUAAGCCGUUGUCGGUGUGGACGGAUUUGCCAUACCUUUCGGACGGGGAAACGGGGUUGACACGGCCGGAGUUCCGCGUGUUGGAAUCCGGAUUGGCGGCGGUGGCGGCAGCGUCACCCAGAGAUGCCGACAUCGUGUGGGCCUCGAGCUCGAUCGACCCGAAGUUCCAGGCUGCUAUGGGCGGGUACAACGUCGCGACACGAACACGUCGGCCUGUAUUGUUCUUCAAUCACGUUACUGUCGUUUUCUUUCACUUCCUCGUUGGCCGUUGGCGCUGCUCCCGAAUCACGAUGCCGUGUGCGGGUGUCGCGACGACGACCCCCAGCGGUCUGCGGCCGGGUCAGCUGGUGAACCAGUUCCCUUACGAGGCGGCCCUGGUCGUCAAGAGCCACCUCGCGCGCACCAUCCAGCGGGAGUUCGGCAGCACGAGUCCCGAAGGGGACGUGAUGCAGACGACCUUUGACAUGCAGAGCGAGGACGACGCGCUUGCAUUCAUGGCCGACUUCCGCCGCCGCCGCGAUGCCGGUGCGGACAACAUCUGGAUCGUCAAACCUAUCGGGUUGGCGAGGAGCAUGGACACUACCGUUACCGGGAGCCUGGCCGAUGUUCUUCGAGCGUCGGAUACUGGCCCUAAGGUGGCCCAGCUGUACCUGUCUCGCCCGCUGCUCUGGAAGCGCCGCAAGUUCGACCUCAGGAUAGUCGCCCUGCUGGUAAGCACCCACCCCCUCGAGCUGUACGUGCACGACUGCUACUGGCCGAGAGUCGCCGAACGGCCCCACGAAACGGAACCAGCCAAGAGGAACGACCUGCGACAAGGAGAGGACGUGCUGCUGUCGCAGCUGGAGGACCCCCGGGUUUCGCUCACGGCGAUGCACCUUCUCCGAGGGCGGGAGGGGGGGCAAGGAGGCACCGCGUGCCACCCUGACCACGAGGAUUUUGCCCGAGAAAUGCACGACGUGGUCUCCCAGCGACACGUGGGGGCCACCUGGGACGACGUGAUGGCCAAGACAAGGGCCAUGAUCCUCUCCGUCUUCCGGGCGGCGGCUCGCCAGCAGCCCGGCAUGAGGAACGGUUCCGCCCGAGCGAUGUACGGCUGCGACGUGAUGGUCACGGCCGCCCUGGAGCCCCGGCUGCUGGAGGUGACUUUCUCCCCAGGGAAUCUGGCCGCUUCUCCCGCCUGGACAGUUCAACGGCCGGACUUCUUGAACGAGGCGUUCGGUUGCCUCUUUCUGGGGGAGCAGAAAAACGUGACCCGCUUGGCAUGA